AUGAGCGACUCAGACAAGUUAAAAAAAAGACCAGACAAUUGUUUAUUUGGAGGUGUUUCAAUAAUUGCGGUUGGCGAUUUUUAUCAGUUACCACCUGUUCGAACAAAAAGGGUAGACAAAUUGUAUGUAGAUGACCCUUCUAAUCCCUCAAAUCAGCUAUGGAAUGGCUUGUUUGAAAUUGCCGAGCUGGAUGAAAUAAUGCGUCAACGUGAGGAUGGAAUGUUUGCUGAACUACUAAAUAGAUUGCGUGUUAAGCAGAAAAAUGAAAGUUUGUCAUCAUCUGAUAAAGAAACAUUACAACACUGCUUUGGUGAUAGCCCCAAUGAAGCCUUGCACAUAUAUUCUACAAAUGCAGAGGUUGAUACCUUUAACAAGGAGAUGAUAAUGAAGCAAUGUACAGAAUCAAAACUAAUUGAGGCACAAGAUUUCCAAAAAGACAAAACUUCAGGGAAAUUGACUCUGAAAAAAGUACAUUGUUUAAAGUCAGAUGUCUGUCUCCCAAUAUCUAUUCUUUUAGCUGAGGGAGCAAGAGUAAUGCUAAUCAAGAAUGAGGACACAGCAGAUGGUUUAGUAAAUGGUGUAAUGGGAACUGUUAUAUCUAUCAAAGACUUCUCACCAAAUUCCCUCCCAAGUACAAUAUAUGUUCACUUUGACAAUGAAAGAGUAGGAAGAAAUGCAAAGGUACAAAAACUCAUCAGUGGAAAACACUGUGUUGGAUUGAAACCUUCAAGUGAAGACAUUCCUUUAAGCAAUUGUGUAAGAAAACAGUUUCCAUUGAAGUUAGCCUGGGCUUGCACAAUUCACAAAGUUCAAGGAUUAACAGUUGAAGAAUGUGUUGUUGAUCUGAAUAAAUGUUUCACAUAUGGUCAGGCAUAUGUAGCCCUUAGCAGAGUUACAUCAAAAUCUGGUUUACACAUUGAAAGCAUAGAAGCUGACAAAAUUGACAAGAUCCUGAUAUUGUAA